GGCCCUGUUCUAGUUACGUAAUACAUACACAGUCUUGGAGUCAGUGAGCAGGAAUCUCCCCCGACCACGACGACGUAUCUUCUCGUACCCACUAAUCGCACGAGACCCGCCACUAUGUCUAUGUUCGACAAAUUCAGGCGCGGAGCCCAGAAAGCUGGGAUCCAGGCGACAGCCUUCGUUCGUGAAAGCUCUACCCGCGUCGCAUCCGGUUCUAGAGAUUUUGUUCAAGGGUUCUCCCUCCCGGGCGAGGCAGAGAAGGCAGCAAAGAUCCUGGAAAGUUUUCUAGCUGACCCUGACCGUCCUGAGUCUGCACUCAACUCUAUACCAAAGGCUGUCUUACAGCGUGCACGAGGUCUCGCUAUCUUCCAAGUCCUCAAAGCCGGUUUCAUGUUCUCGGGCAAGGCAGGCUCAGGUCUCGUCAUCGCCCGUCUCCCAGACGGGUCAUGGUCCGCCCCUUCCUGUAUUGCGACAGGCGGUCUCGGGUGGGGUCUCCAAAUAGGCGCCGAUAUCACAGACUUUGUCGUCGUCCUUAACAGCGAGGAGGCCGUUCGUGCGUUCUCCAUGGGUGGAAACGUCACUGUGGGUGGAAAUGUCGGCGCUACGGCUGGUCCAAUCGGAACGGGUGGAGCUGUACAAGCGAGUCUUGCACACCCCGCGCAUAUGUUUUCCUACUCGAAGAGCAAGGGUCUGUUUGCGGGCGUAUCCCUCGAGGGAACGGUUCUAAUUGAACGCAAAGACGCUAACCGCGAAUUUUAUGGAUCUACAGUUCCAGCUCGAGAUAUCCUUGGUGGUCGGGUUCCCCCGCCCGAGGUUGCAUCCCGUUUGUAUGAAAUCAUCGAGGCAGCAGAGGGUCUUGACGAGACGGGCGUUCCGCAGGCGGCGUAUGUUCCUGGUGAAAGUGGCGAACAUAUGCCUCUGAGAGAACAUGAGAUGGUAUUUGAUGCGGGAGGACAUUAAAUGAUCGGGACGAGUGCCCGCUGCGUGGAUGCGGGCCAUGGGCCUGAAAGGAUGGUGCUGGCAUAACGUACUCUUUUCUACAUUUAUCAUAUAUCCUUUGCUCUUGUGUUUGCUAGCUUCUUGUAAUGACUGCAGUACUUGCUGACACUGUUAGUUGCCUUAGAAAAUAGGUGGGAUCUCUGCACUACUCGGGAACACCAGACGCUGGAUCUUCAUUAUUGAUCUCGAAAUACGGUACGUACGAUGAAGUGUUCAGGCGAGUGUGUG